AUGUCAGAAGAAAAUACUGUAGAUGCUCUGUCUAAUACUAAUAACCAGCAGCAGAAGCUAGAAGAAAAGAAAUGCCAACUGAAUUUAAUUCAAAACUAUCCCCAGAAAAACGCAGAGGUCCUGAGCAGUCAAUAUGGCUUCAAUAUCUUCCUGGCUGGGCUGCUGCUGAUGUUUGCCUGGGCUAUACAUGCUGUGGGGAUAACGGACAGAGAUCUGCUCUCCUACCUAAUUACCCUUAUGCUGAUUCAGCUGAUUUGGAUGCUUUGGUACAUUUUUAGAAGUUAUUCACCAAGAAGGUCAAUCAAAGAGAAAGAUACUGAUGCUGGUGCAAGAUGGUUAAGAUGUGGUAUCACUUUAUUUGCUGUGAUCACUCUUAUUUUGGAUUCCUUUAAAAUCGGAUAUUAUAUUGGCUAUUCCGAGUGUUUGUCAAUAACUGAAGGGAUAUUUCCUGUCACACAUGCUGUGCAUACACUACUGCAGGUUUACUUUUUAUGGUUUCAUGCAAAGGAUAUCAUCCAGUCCUUUAAAACACUUGAAAGGUUUGGCUUGAUCCAUGCUGUGUUUACAAACCUCCUUCUCUGGGCCAAUGGAAUACUGACCGAGUCAAAGCACCAGCUAAAUGAGCACAAGGAAAGGCUGAUCACACUUGGCUUUUCUAAUAUAACAAUGGAUCUUCACACACCUGAAUGCAAUUGCACAUCAAGCGUCUGCUCGAUAUUCUCCCAGGGAAUAUACUAUCUGUAUCCAUUUACUAUCGAAUACCAUAUAUUAGCAUCGACCAUGCUAUAUGUGCUAUGGAAGAAUAUUGGGCGGACAGUGAAACAUCACCAACAACAAAAAAUUCAUUUUAAAUUCCAUGGUAUUACGGUUGGCACAAUAUUUGGGCUUAUUAUUCUAACCACUACCAUUGCUGUCUUAGUUGUAUACCUCAUACAGAUUGGACGUUCCAAAAGGAAAAGUGAGCUGGCACUUACAAUGUUUUAUUUAUAUGCAAUUACAGUACUUUCUCUUAUGUGCACUGCAGGGAUAAUUGGUCUCAUAAUCUAUAGGAUGGAAAAUAAAUCAAUGGAUGAAACCGAGAGCCCUGCAAAGAAACUGGACUCUGAUCUUCUAGUUGGGUCUGCAUGUGGCUCGUGGCUUAUAUCAUGGGGGUCUAUUUUAGCAAUAAUAUGUGCAAAGACUCACCCUGUCUAUGCAUGGCAUAACUUGCCAUAUUCUAUUUUGGUCAUAAUUGAAAAAUAUAUCCAGAACCUUUUUAUUAUUGAAUGUAUACACCGAAAAGAAGAUGACGAAAUGGAUAAUAAAACUAUUGAAAGGAUAUUUGCUUUGUCCAGCAGAAGUACCCUUUCACUUACAUCUUCAUACGAAGUCUAUAAUGAAGCUGUGACUAUUAGCAACAAAGAGUUUCCUUAUAUCUCAAACUCAAACAUCUCAAACAUUUCCCUUGUUGAAAAUAACAGUGAAGAAAAGAAAAAACAAGAAAACAAUAAUUCUAUUCAAUUAUCCCCGUCAGCAAUUUCAAUUCAUUCUAGACCUGCAAAACUCAACACAAAGAGAAGGAUCCUCAAAAACAUUGCUGCAUUUCUGUUCCUAUGCAAUAUAUCGCUAUGGAUUCUACCAGCAUUUGGCUGUCGUCCACAGUAUGACAAUGGAUUGGAAGAAGUUGUUUUUGGCUUUGAGCCAUGGAUUAUAGUAGUUAACCUUGCAAUGCCAUUUUCCAUCUUCUAUCGUAUGCAUUCGGCAUCUUCAUUAUUUGAAGUUUAUUGUAAAACAUAG